CUUGGACUGAGGAGCAAAUGAAGCUUUGGAGAGUUGCAUCACACAUCAGAAAAGAUGUGUUAAUGUUGCCAUCUCCUGCAGCAGAAGAAGCUAAACAUUUUUACUGUUCCUGAAACCACCAGUGACAGAAGAGGAAGCAGGCACUAUGAGGAAACACGCUUGAGAAAUGCUUAAGUCAUGCUGAAGAAAGCUUCAUUUCAGUCACACCCCAGAGCAAGAAGAAAAUUCAAAUGGAUUAAAAUGUGUCCGUAUCUGAUCCUGGUGCUUCUGUUUGCAGCACAAACAGAACAAAGUCUCACUUCCGUCACUAUGAGAGAGGGAGAUGCAGUGGCUUUGUCCUGCGAGAGCCAGAUAGAUCAGGUUAAAUGCAACCGUACCACCUGGCUUUUAACUAGUCGUAUUGGGACAAAUGCAACAGAUCUGGUUAGGUUUGGGCAGAUUAAUAAAAAUCAGCUUUCUGAAGCUAAAUCAGACAGGAUGAGUGUUGCAGUGAACUGUUCUCUGAUGAUUCAGAGAGUCGCAGCUGAGGAUGUUGGCAGUUACACCUGCGAACAGUUGAGUUUCUCUGGACAAGAACAAGCUCAACACACAGAGCUGUCCGUUGUUAACAUUACUGAACAUAAGCACUCUGAUCAGGUGAAGUUAAGCUGUGCUGUUUCAACCUACAAACACUGCAAACACCAAGUGAAAUGGCUUUUAAAUAAUCAAGCAAUUGAGAAAGAAAACAACGAUCUGAAGAUUAUUAACUCAAAUUGUUCAGCCAGCGUGACCUUUUCAACUUCUCAUUUCAUUAACAAAUCAAAGGAUUAUAACUUACUGAAGUGUGAGGUGACAGAAAGCCCCACCAACGUGCAGCAUUAUACCGUCAGGUCUCCUGCUUCAGGAAAAAAAAAACAGUCGUCUGGAGAUGAAGUUCCAGCAGGAAAACCAUCGUCUGGUUGUUGGUGGAGGAUGGUCUAUGUUCCUGUGGGUGUAGCAGCGCUCUCCAUCAUCGUUGUGUCCGUCAGCAUGUGGACGAGAACAAAAGGUAACAACAUUUACACAAGAAACUUUGAGAAAAACAAGAAUUUUCUCCUUUUUCUCUUUUCAUGUAUUAUUGUGGCAAAAUUGUGAGUUUUAAACCAAAUGAUUAAAUAUUUAAACACAUUUUUAAUUCUUGAUCAGAUAACAUGCAAAAUAAAGAGAAGUUGUUCUGAAUCUACUGUCAGUAUAAACGAUGCUGUCUUCACCAAAACAACCUCCUGGAUCGUCUGUUCAUGCAGACAGAAAAUAUCUAGAUUUAUGUUAGAAGAAUUUGCUCCCUCUGGUGGUGAAGAGAGAAACUGCAGGUGGAGUUUAAAAAUGGCGUCUACUGAGGUGAUGGUGGCACCAAAACAAACUCAUUUAAUCUACUAGAAUAGAAAAUGUUUCAUCUGGAUAAAACAGUGAUAACAGAGACAGAAUUUAUAGUUCUGAUGAUCUUUUUUUU